UAUGUAUGGUGUAUGGCAUUUGACAAUACAAUCUAAAAAACAUGGAGGGUAUAAUGUUAGUGAAUUGUCUGAUCUCAUCUCAGAAUUGAAGAAUACAAUCUAACCUCACAUAACCUUCAAUGUUUUAAAUAUUUUUACAGAAGAAGAGAUGAAUACAUUUAAUUAAACAAUACAUUAAAAGUAUUCUGAAUUUACUAUUGAAUUUAAUAUUGUCAAUGAUAUUCAUUAAGUUUAAGAUUAAAAUGGGUAUCUAAUAUCAUACUAUAGUAUAUUAGAUUACUUAUAAAUAUAUAGAAAGCAUAAUAUACAUUUUUAUUCAUUCAGAAAUUGGAUAAAAUAACAAUUAUGACAUAAGAUUUAAAUGACCCUUCAAUUUUUAAAAAUUUAAGAAGAUAUUUAAAUAAGUUUUAUCCUCUUGUCGAAUAAGAAUCAUAAUUAGAAAGUAGAUAAUUUUAUGUAAAUAGACUUUUGAUUUUUGAUUUCUUUAUAAUAGGUAAUCAAUAUUAUUACUAAUUAAUAGAUAAAUAGAAUAAUAGUCAAUAUACUAAUAUAAUUAGUGAUAUAGAAAAGAGUAUAUUAAAAUUAUAGAAUUAUUUUGGAUUGCCAACAGAUAAUAUAAGAAUAAACUAUAAAUUUAUAGAUGCUUUAAACAUUGAAAUUGUUUAAAAUCAAACUAUGUUAGAGAAACAAAAAAUAAAUAAUUUUUUAGAUUAAUCAAAAUAAUAACAUAAUAUGAAUUGGAAAGAAUAUUUCCAAAUGAAUAUUUUAACUAUUUUAACAGAUGAUAAUGUUUCAAUAGAUUUAGAUAAUAGUGAAAAUGUAUAAUUUUAUUUUUCAGAACCAUAAAAUUUUAUGUUUUAAGUAAAUUCUUAAUAGAUGUUGUUUAAAAAUAUAUUUAAUACAUUUAUAUAAGUUUUUUAGUUGGAAGACUAAUAGGAAAUUAUGAUUGAGAAUUAAGAUUUUAAACCAACCUUAGAAUUAAUUAGAGAUUACUUUUAGAAGAGAGAAUUAUAUAGACAUAUUUUAAAUUUCAUAAAAGAAUUACAAUAUAUUCAAUUUAUUUAAUAGGAAGGAGAAUAUAAAAUAAGUCUGAAGAGUUAAAAAGAAUUUGAAAAUCGAGUCUAAUAUAUUAAGGAUACAUUAAAUAAUAAGAAUAUAAGUAAAACAGAUACAGUAAAUAUUUUGAUUGAUGAUUCCUUUUCUGAUCUUGAUACUUUUUCUUUUGAAUACACGUAAAAAUAUAAAUAAAAAUAAUUAGUUUGGGAAUGUAUUUACCUUUGAUUUUACCCUUUGCAUAUCCAAUAUUAUUGAGUAUAUAUGAUGAGUUGUCAAGUAAAUGAUAAUAAAAUGAAUUAUUUAUUAAUAUUGCUUUAUAUAUAUUAAAGUACCAUAUUAUCAUUAUUUACAAUCAUAAUCCCAAUUUUAUUAGCAGAAAAGGGAUGUACAUUUGAAUAAUAAGGUAUGUAUUCAUUAAUCAGCUAUCCAUUUUAUUUUAAGUUUUUGUUUGCACCAAUUAUUGAUUUGUAUCAAUUUUAAUUCCUAGGCAAAAGGAAAAGGUAAUUAUUCAAAUUUAUAAAGCAUAGUUAUAUUUUACCAAUAAAUUUAUUAUUAUCAGUAAUACUUUUGUAUUUAUCCAGAAUUGACAUUUUAACAAAUUAUCAUAUUUUAUGGAUAUUUGGAUUCAUUUUGUGUUUGUUUUUAGGAAUUCAAGAUAUUGCAAUUGAUGGAUUGGCAACUGAUUUAUGUAAAUAAUAAGGAGAAAGUGCUGCAUUAUUAUAAAAUAUUGGUUUUACUAUUGGAAAUUCAUUUCUUGGAAACUUUUUAUUUAUUGCCUUGUAUUCAUCUUAGCAUUGCUCACUUGAAACAUUUUUUAUGAUUUUAUCAAUAUUAGGUUUAAUAUUGACUAUUAUCUUAUAUUUAUAUCUAUUUGAAUAGGAGGAAUAAUACAAAAGGACAACAAACUUUUAAGAUUUAAAAAGUGUGAUAAAAUCAUUUUUUAAAAAUGAAAACAUGAUUACAUUUUCAUUAUUGAUCUUUUUUGAAAGGUAUAUAUAUAAUGAGAUAGAUUAGAACUGCAUUGUCAUCUUUGGAUGCAACAUUUAGAUUAAAAUUAGUACAAUUCAAUAUCAAUAAAACUUACAUUUCAUUUAUAGAUACAAUUAUAUUGCCAUUGAAAAUAGCAACUGGAUUAAUAUAUCACUAAUACUUUUAUAAAUAUGAUUUUAAGUAUAAUAAUGUAAUAUAUAUAUAUAGAUAUUAUGGAAAUAUUUAAUAUUUGAGAUUAAUUUCAACAUUUUUUGCAAUUAUAACAUUAUUGUUAAUUGAUAAAUUUGAAUUAGAUGGUCCAUACAGUUAUAUUGCCAUAUUCUUUUCAAAUAUGUGUUGGUGGAUUUUAUUUAACAUUACAUACAUUGUUAGAGUAUAAUUGACAUUUAUAUAAAAUUAAGGGUAACUUUUAAAUGAAAAUUACUACUCCUGGAGUUGAAGCUACAACAUUGACAAUUCUUAAUAGUAUCAGUCAAUUAGGAGUUAGAUUGGCAUUUUCAAUAAAUUUGAUAAUGGCCAAUUAUGUAAAUUAUUAUUGGCUGUUAUGUGCUGGAUGGAUUAUACAUUUGCUUUAUUGCUUCAGAUACUCAGAAACCUAUAGAAAUUUGUACAUGUAACCCAUUCAAAUGUGGUAUUUAAAUAAAUAAAUAAAAUAAAUUUGA